AGCUCCCCUAGGCUGGGAGGUCUCUCUGGGUCCCCUCCUGUGCUCCCGAGGACGGUUGCCAGGUCAAUAUCCGGCCCUCCGGACAGGCGUGAAUCUGCAGCGAGAAGCCUCUUCCUCUAAAAGCACAGCAGCGGGCAGGCUGGAGGUUCUCCUGGUCACUUGGCAACCCCAGUAGAAAGGCGUGUGCUGCAAGGGAGAAUCCCAGUCUGGAAGACGAAAGCAUCUUCGGGACGUUUAAAUUCAACAGCGGCUUUUCUGAGGGAUCACUCUGAAGUAAAAAUGGAGGAACAAGACCCUACAACCCCCCAAUCAGAGGAGAUGUCAGAGGGGAUAGGAAAACCUCCCCACAUCCUCCAGGCUGGGACUCUGAAGGAAUUCUGGGGAAGAACACCGGGAGAUCCGAUGCAUCAGCCAGCAAGGGAGGGUUCCCUUUCCCUUACACAGUGGGAAGCCCAGUUACAGGAGUUCCUCAGGACAGUUGAAAACCUUCAUUCUCCAUGGGGAAUCCCACAUUUAUUAAAGAAACCUUCCCCCUGGGAGGAUGCCAAGGCCUUUCUGGCCUCCUUUGAACAAGUGGCUGAAGCCUGUCAAUGGCCCAAAGAAGAGUGGGUGACCCGACUACUUCCAGCCCUCAACGGAGAAGGGAAGCAGACCUUUAACAGUCUGGAUGUGAGAGACAGUGAGGAUUAUGGGAAGGUGAAGGCAGCCAUUUUGCGACAGGAUGCCCUGAACCGGGAGAAGCAGCGUCUGCAGUUCAGGCAUUUUUGCUACCAGGAGGCCGAGGGGCCACAGGGGGCUUACAGUCGAUUGUGGGAAACAUGCCGCAGAUGGCUGAGAGUGGAGAAUCACAGUAAGGAGCAGAUAGUGGAGCUCUUGAUCCUGGAGCAACUUCUCAGCAUCCUGCCCCCAGAGAUCCAGAGCUGGGUGAAUGAGGGCAGCCCCGAGUGUUGCUCCCAGGUGGUGGCCCUGGCUGAAGAGUUUCUCUCAAGGCAGGAGAAGCAGGUACCCUUGGAGAAGGCAGCUAGGAGUAUCUCUGAGGCAGACAGGGCUCCAUCUGAGAGGGAGGAGAGGCAUACCUUGGUGGACGUCAAGGAAGAUGAGGAUGGAGAGGCUGGCCCACAGGGAAGCAUACAGGAGAAUGCUGGAGACUUACAAGGGCUAACUCUGGAAAAUGCUGAGGAGGAAUGCUUUGAAAUCAACUUUAAAGAUCCAGAUAGAAUAAAGAGGCAUGAAAGAAAUGACACAUAUGAGAAGAAGGAUGAGUCCCUUUCAUGCCAAGGAAGGGGCUUCUGUAAAAUCACAGACCAAGAAGAAAGGCCAACCAAAAACAGGAGUGAAGACUUCCAUUGUAACCAGAGAAUUCACUGCAGGGAAAAAGAAACUGAAAGUUUAGCUCUCGGAAAGACCUUUAUUCAGAAAAUGAGCAUUGUUUCCCAGGAAGAGAUUCUGUCAGUAGAGAAACCAUAUUACUGCUUAGAAUGUGGAAAGAGCUUCAGCAAUCAGACAGCCUUUACUUUCCAUCAAAGAAUUCACUCAGGUUAUCAGGAGAAUACUGAAGAUGAGGAACUGCAUCAGCUAUCACUAUAUGAAGCCAAGAAUCAAGAACUGAAAGGAAACUUCUGGAAUCAACAUGGACAGAAAAGGGAAAAAGAAAGAUACCUGGUCAACAAGUAUCAAUGCCAAGGCGGGAAUUUCUGUGAAGAAGUUUACAUGAUGGAAGACAUUACUUUGCAUCAAAGAAUUCACUCAGGGUGUGAUCAGGAGGAUGAGGAAGAUGAGGGACUGCCUGGGUUGCCAUUCAAUAAAGCCAGGAACCAAAAGGUGAUAGGAAAUUUCAGCAAUCAAGAUGGAGCACAGGGUCAUAAAGGAAGACAUCUAACUGAGAGGAGGGAUCAAUCCACUCCUUACCAAAAAGGGGAUUUCUCUGAACAAACUCAAAUGGCAGAGGAAGUGUACAAAUGCUUGGAAUGUGGAAUAGAUUUCUCAGGACAAAGUCAAUAUAAUACCCAUUUACAAAUACACAGUGGAAAGAGCACCCUGAAAUGUUUGGAGUGUGGAAAGAGCUUCAGUUGCAGAUCAGAGUUUCUUAAACAUCAAAGAAUCCACACAAGAGGGAAAGCAUCCUGUGCCAAGGGCUUCUCUUAUAAAGCAAACAUCAUUCAGCAUCAAAGAAUUCAUUCAGAAGAUAAGCCAUUUACCUGCUCAGAGAGUGGAAAGAGUUUCUUUGAAGAAAAAAAGGGUACUGUACAUUUUCCAAAGCACAGUGAAAUGAAGACAUAUAAAUGCUUCCAGUGUGGAAAGUACUUCAAAACCAAAGCUGACCUAUUUGUGCACCAAAGAAUCCACACAGGGGAGAAACCUUUUGCAUGUUCAGAGUGUGGAAAGAAAUUCACCCAGAGAGGCAAUCUUCAAUUGCACCAAAGAAUCCACACAGGGGAGAAACCUUUUGAAUGCUCAGAGUGUGGAAAAAAAUUCACUCAGAGCUGCCAUCUUCAACAGCAUAUAAGAAUCCACACAGGAGAGAAACCUUUUCCAUGCUCCAAGUGUGAAAAGAAAUUCACUAGGAGUAACAGUCUUCAAUUGCAUCUAAGAACCCACACAGGAGAGAAACCUUUUGAAUGCUCAAAGUGUGGAAAGAAAUUCACUCAGAGUCGCCAUCUUCAACAGCAUCUAAGAAUUCACACCAGAGAAACUUGCUGAAUAUUGAAUGUACACAGUGUGAAAAGAGAUUCAGCCGGUGUAGCAAUCUUCAGCUGGUUCAAAAAACUUUUAUGAGGAGAUACUGCAUGACUGCUGAGCUUGUGAUGAGAGCUUGUCUCAUAUUUCAUACAUUAACACCAACCAUCAAGUCCACACAGAGAUGAGAUCAUAAAAACUAUUUGAGAUAGCUUGUAUCUGCAUAGAAACAGGUAUAUAGCCAUAGAAACAAACAGUGUAGAUAUAAGUACUGGGAUUGUGGAAAAAGCUUUAGCCAUCAUUGAGGAAACAAAGUGAUGUCAAAAGGAAGAAAGCAAAGAUGUCCUCUGAGGAUGGAAGGAGAUUCAGGAUCAGGACUGUGCUUCUUAAGAACUGAGUAACCAACAUUGGUUUUCCCUCAUAAAUGCUUUGUAUAUUGUAAGAGAGAGACAC